CGGAAAGCAGCAAAUCCUCCAAGUUUUGCUUAUUUAAAUUAUUUCCCGCGCCCCUCAAGUGUUAACUAAACAAUCCGCUACCUGUAAACAACCCAUUAGAUUAGAUACUCCUAAAACCACUACAAUUUUUAGUUCGCUGAAGGAGAAUGGAGGGAAAGCGUCCCGGUUACUCGCACCGUGAAGUAUUGCGAAGGCUGAGAGAGGUAACUCGAUCCAUUGUUGAAGAUCUCGCGAAACAUCGCUCGCCAAUCAUUUACAUUGAUCGUUUCAGAAAUUACUGCACAGAUGAAUCUGGAAACUGUUCUUGCAGCUCUGGUUUGUCCAAUGGGAAGGAAGUCAUUACACUGAAGAAGGAAUGUCAUGCACGUAGGCUAGAUGUUUUUUUAAGAGUGCUACUAAUCAUUCAGCAACUCCUGCAAGAAAACCGGCAUGGUUCAAAAAGAGACAUAUAUUACAUGCACCCUUCUGUUUUUAAAGAUCAAGCAACCGUUGACCGAGCAAUUAAUGAUAUAUGCAUACUUUUGCAAUGCAGUCGGCAUAACCUGAAUGUGGUUUCAGUUGGGAAUGGUUUAGUGAUGGGCUGGCUACAAUUUGUAGAAGCUGGGAGAAAAUUUGACUGCAUUAACAGUCCAAACACAGCACAUCCCAUUCCCGUUCAUGUAGAAGAGGUUGAAAGUAUGCUUUUGAGAAUGUCAUGACAUGUUAUAAGAUAACUGUGUGAUGUGUAAAAUUUCGUAUGGAAUAAAGAAUUAAGAAGGAAUCCAGCAGGUUGAAUGUGUGAAAAUGCGACUUAUAGGAAAGGAAAAGGUUAGGGGGUGAUGAGUAUUUUUUCUUGUUCUAUAAUAAUAAUUAUUAUUAUAUACUAUUAUUUUAUUAUUAAUUAAUGGUAAGGGAUUAAGGAGAAGUGUCUGAAUAUAAGUGAAGAUACACUGUCUGCACAAUGUUAAGUAAUAUUAACCUCAAUCUGUGCAACUUUUGGAUGGUAUCCCUUAAUGUGUACUCAGGUAUUAUAAGUGUUGCACAGUACAUUUUAGUUGUGGAAAAGGAAUCAGUAUUUCAACGGCUAGCAAAUGAUCAAUUCUGCAAAAGAAAUCAUUGCAUUGUCAUUUCAGGCAGAGGCUAUCCGGAUGUUUCCACUAGGAGAUUCCUGAGGUUGCUCACUGAGAAGUUGUGCCUGCCGACAUAUUGCCUAGUAGAUUGUGAUCCUUAUGGCUUUGACAUCUUGGCAACAUACAAAUUUGGCUCCAUGCAAAUGGCCCAUGAUGCCAAUUUUCUGCGGAUCCCUGAGAUAAGGUGGCUUGGAGCUUUUCCUCUAGAUUGUGAUAGCUACUGUAUUCCACAACAAUGUCUUCUGCCCUUGACAGAAGAAGAUAAGAAGAGAGUUCAAACAAUGUUACAAAGAUGCUACGUGCAAAGAGAAGUGCCUAAAUGGAGAAUUGAAUUAGAGCUGCUGCUACAGAAGGGAGUCAAAUUUGAGCUUGAAGCGUUGUCUGCCUGUUCACUUUCGUUUUUGACAGACGUGUAUUUACCAUCUAAUAUUCAAGGUGGAAGGUAUAUAUGAUUAUAUGAAACAUAUUUACCACUCUUCUAGUCUCCCCUUGUAUUCGUUAUGUUUUACUGGGCUAAUUGGGUUAUGGAACACCCGAUUUUGAUAGUUCAAAGGUGUGGUAGUUUUGGUUAUGGCAACAACAGGAAAGAUAUA